CCACAAACUGAUAAACGCAGUGAGUUUAUGAUUGGACAAUAACGACUCACGUGUCACUGCUCUAGACAUGGCCACCUCUCUGGGGGAGAAUUCGGCAGGUUAUCAGGAUUGUAUUCUGGAGUCUCUGUCCUUCCCCGAGCAGCUCGUCUCCACCUCCUCAUAUGAGGCCAACAAAAAUGUCACCUGUAUACUUUGCUCAAAGUCUACACCAUUAUCAGAGAAAAAUGAACUUCUCAAACACCUCGUCCUCGAACAUAAAGUUGUAAUAGCUGAUGUUCGUCUCAUUGCAGACUUCUCACGGUAUCUCCUGUACUGGGGGAAACGGUUUUCAGAGAGUCCCAUUACAGAGUUUUGUAGUGUGAUCAAAACCAAUUCAACGGGUCCUGUGGACCAACAGGAGGAAUACUACCUCCUGUGUGAUGCUCUGCCAGAGGAUAGGAUUCUGAGAGAACAGCUUCAGCAAAAAAGGCUGGAGGAGGUGCUUGAGCAGCAGCAGAAGGAGAGAGAUGAUUGCACCUUCCACCGUAUCUGCAUGUUCUGCGAUGAAGAGUUUACAGAGAAUAGGUCCACUUUGCUCAACCAUAUGGCCAGAGAACAUUCCUUCAGCGUGGGCUUGCCUGACAACAUUGUUUACUGUACUGAGCUCCUUGACACAUUGGAGAGGAAACUGGACAAUUUGCAGUGUCUGUACUGUGAGAAGACCUUUCGAGAUAAGACCACCUUGAAAGACCAUAUGAGGAAGAAACAACACCGUAGGAUUAAUGCAAACAAUCACGACUAUGACCGAUUCUACAUCAUUAACUACCUGGAACUUGGGAAAACAUGGGAGGAAGUGCAAUCUGAGGAUGACCGUGAUAUCUUAGCAGACAAUGAUGAUGACUGGUCAGACUGGCAGGCUCACCCAGUUUGUGCCGUGUGUCUGUUCUGUGAGCAGCAGUCAGACACCAUGGAGAAGAUUUACGCCCACAUGCAGGAAGCACAUGGAUUCGACCUGCAUCAACUUAAAACACAACUCAACUUGACGUUUUACCAGCAGAUAAAGCUGGUCAACUUCAUCCGCCGUGAAAUCCAUCAGUGUCGAUGUUAUUCCUGUCACGAGAAAUUUAGCUCCAAAGCUGAUGUUCUUCAUCACGUAACAGAUGCUGGUCAUGUCAUGGCCCUGCCAGAUACAUCCACUUGGGAUCAACCAGAGUAUUACUUCCCCACAUAUGAGAAUGAUGCGCUUCUCUGUGCCUUAACAGACAGUGAGGAUGAGGAGGAGGCCGAUCAGAGGGGGGGCGUCCCUGUCAUAGCUGAAGAUAUUUCUAACCUGGAGACCUUGAAGCAAAGCAGUGUGCUGAAACACCUGCUAAAAGAUAGGAGUGGUCCAUGUUAGUCCUCCUUUGUGCUUAGAAUCUCUGUGUAAUAUAUCGUACUGGUAAUAUUGCAUAUCAGACAAUUAUUUCUAAAAUACAAGCUGUUUUA